UUUUUUUUUUUUUUUUUUUUUCUUCUUUUUUUCCUCCCUCAUGCUUCUUGCUCUCUCUUAGAUCACCCCCACUGUUUAUAUGUCAAAAUUUUCAUAGCCCUUUAGGUUUUCUUGAUUCCAAGAAACAUCAAUUUCUGCCAUGUUGAACGGCAAUAAUAAUCCGUCUUCUUCAUCUUCCCAGCCGUUUGCUCCGCCGGAGACCGGAGUUAAUAACAGUAAACGGAAGCGACGGCCGGCCGGAACCCCAGAUCCGGACGCGGAGGUGGUAUCUUUGUCGCCGAAGACGUUGUUGGAGUCGGAUCGGUACGUGUGCGAGAUAUGCAACCAGGGGUUCCAGCGGGAUCAGAAUCUGCAGAUGCACCGGCGGCGGCACAAGGUGCCGUGGAAGCUGCUGAAGAGGGAGACGCCGGUGGUGCGGAAGCGGGUGUUCGUGUGCCCGGAGCCGACGUGCCUCCACCACGACCCGUGCCACGCCCUGGGCGACCUCGUCGGAAUCAAGAAGCAUUUCCGGCGAAAACACAGCAACCACAAGCAGUGGGUUUGCGACAAAUGCUCCAAAGCCUACGCCGUCCAGUCCGACUACAAAGCCCACCUCAAAACCUGCGGCACCCGCGGCCAUUCUUGCGACUGCGGCCGCGUCUUCUCCAGGGUGGAGAGCUUUAUCGAACACCAAGACGCUUGCAGCCUGGGGCGGCUCCGAUCAUCUGAUCAGCCGCUGCCGCCACAGGCGGCGGCGGCGUGUCUUUCUCGGACGGCGUCGAGCCCGAGCCCGUCGAGCGACGCCGCUCCGCCGUGGGCGAGCAGCCUGAUAGUGUCGAAGCCGGCGGGCGGCGUGCGGGCGAAAAUGAUGACUGAGUGUAACGCCGCCGGCGCCGCCAUUAAUGGAAAUCCUCAUCAUCAUCACAACCUAGAGCUUCAACUCCUGACGACAACCUCGUCGUCGAGUAGGCUAGACGUGUCGGUUUCGUCGAAGAUAGACGACGCCGACCACUCCACUCAGCUGCAGCUCUCCAUCGGCUCCUCGGACUACGCCGAGAGGAACGAAGCGGCGGCGGCGGCGGCGGCGGAGAACGAGAAACAGAGCUUCCGGGCGAUGAGGGAGGAGGCGCGGGAGCAGCUGAGGGCGGCGAUGGAGGAGAAAGCGUACGCAAAGGAGGCGAGGCUGCAGGCGAAGAAGCAGAUCGAGUUAGCGGAGCAAGAGUUCGCGAACGCCAAGAGGAUCCGGCAGCAAGCGCAGGCGGAUUUGAACAAAGCGCAGGCGCUGAGAGAGCACGCCGUCCGGCAAAUCAACUCCACGCUCUUGCAGAUCACCUGCCAUGCCUGCAAGCACCAGUUCCAGGGCUCCGCCAUAGUUUCCGGCCGCCCCGAAAACGCUUUGGCGUUGAGCUAUAUCUCCUCGGCUUUAAUGGAGAGCCGAGACCUAGACGGAAAAAAGUGAUACCCUUCAAUUCGUCUUUCUAUAUUAUAACUGUUCUUCAUUUUCUCUUCUCUUCUCUUCUCUGCAUGAAAAAUAUUACGGCUAAAGGUGGUGAGGUGAGGUGAUGGUAGGAAAUAAUAUAUGGUGUAUGAAGAAGAAGCUAAGGGUUAAUUUAUUUGGUGUUUAUUUGUUUAUUAAAUUGGUACGUGCAUGGUGGAUUUCACGAUGAGGGUUAUAACAAAGCUUCCAAUCUGCCAUUAAUGGAGUAUAUUAUUGCAUCAGGCUACACUCUGAGAUUUCUAGUCUUUGGUUAUGGUCUUCUUCUAUGUAAUGCAACUUCUUCUUCUUCUGUUGGUUUUUUUUUUUUUUUUUUUCAUUCAAUUGAGUGAAUGAGAAAGUAAUUAAUAUGUGAUGAGAGGGGGAAUUUUGAAAUAAGUUUAAUAUAUUAUCUGGUCUAUGGCUCAAUUUUUGGAGUCGCAAGAUUUUGUGUUU